AUGAAGCGCCCCGACAUCGAGCUCUUGCGCGCCAAGCUUGCGCUCAUGAGCCCGGAUGACUGUCCGCCCGACGUCGUCGCCGCGGCUCGCAAACGCUUUCCUGACGCACUCUCGAUGGUGUGGGCCGCCCCUCCUCCCGUUGCGCCAGAGGCUGGUUCAAAGGGCUCCAAGUCUUCCAGCAAGAUGCCCGCCAUUGUCGGAUCUCACUAUCGCACUCGGUCCGACACUAUCACAAGCCACCCGAAUCUCUCCCUGAAUGUUGAGCCGAUGGUCCACAUGUCUUCCAGUUGGGAGGGAUAUAUUGCCGAAUUCAACCGUCGUGCUCGUGCAAAUGCCGUCGAUAGCAUGAAGGCUCGCGGUCUGGAUGCUGAUGCUAUUGAAAUCGCUCUCAGCGAUCAUGGUCUCGCCGACCUCCUUUGGCCUGCUCUCCCCGCUAAGAACAACAGCAACACCACCUUCGAUAAUGCGCGACUCAACCAGCACGCCUUCGCGCAGAAUGGUAUGGUGCAAGGUAACAUCGGCCAGAAUAACACGGCGUUGGGCGCUAUGGCGUUUGCUGAAGACAAAAAGAUCGCAACGCCCUCCGGAGGCAUGACGGAUGAUGGGUUCAGCAACUACCUCGGCCCCCAACACCGUAACAAUUUGCCUCAGGGCGGCGCCGGACCGUUCAUUGUUACCGACGCUGACGUUGCUGGAGCCAUCAGCGCCUAUCGCCUGCAAGCGAAAAUGGUCGUCUCCCAGACUACGGAGGUUCCCGCGUACGUCCGUGAUGCCAACAAGGAAGCGACCACUCUUGAGCAUCUAUCCUCAGAGGGUAUCCAGCCGUACGCCCCUGCUCGUUACCAUUCGGAUGCCGGUUCUGGUGACGUUGGACCUACCAAGAACGGCGAUGAGCGCAUCUGCAAGGACACAGUUGAUGAGAGCGGCGGAGUCAUCCCAAUGGCAUUCGUCCCCAAGACCUCUGCGGACAGCUACAACAGUUCUGCCGAAAGGGCCGCCAUUAAGCGCAAGCAUGAUUGUGUUAUCGAGAAGAACGACGAAAGCGGCCUAGGUAAUGCUGAGCACGGUAAGAUUGCACAGGAAGUUGAUGUGAUUAUCAUCAGCGAUGAAGACAGCGACUUUGACGUGAAGGGAGUAGGUACGAAUGACGACACGAACGACGAGAUGCCAAGGUUCGAGCCUCGCUACGUUGUUAUUGGCGCCGUGGGUUGGACUUUCCGCGAGGUCAAGUCACUGAAAGAGGCUGUUGGUGCCUGUCUCCAGGUGAUGCCGCCUAUCGAUGCUGGUAAUGGAGUCCAGCUGUUCGUCAACGAUACCGCUCACGUUCUUAUGCUCCGUGGUCUUGAGACAGAGGCCCGUGACCUCGCAGCAAGGAGGGAGCUUACGGGCUCCUCCUCCAGCAGGCCAUCGAUGCGUACUGAGUGCAAGCGUACCAAGAUGUGGUUACUCGGGGAACGGGGCUACAGGAUCGAUCCCAAUGACAAGAAGUGGGACUUCUCCCCACUGUGGUACCUCUUCAAGACGAAGAUGGCGGAGAUCAAGAAGGAUGAAGAGGACAUGGGUCGUGCUAGCGGCGACGGAGGAGCUCGCGCUGAAGUUGGAGAUGGAAGUGGUGGCGCCAAUGGCAAUGUUGCUGGAAAUGGCGAUGGUCCAGCUGUUGGCGUUGCAGGCAGUAGCACCAACAAGCAGAAGAGGCGCUGUUCGGAGGCUGACAUGGCAUGGCUGCGUUCUGACGAUGAUGAAUGA